CCGUCUUUAUCUCCGCCCUGGGAUAUCAGCAAAAUGGAGAACCGUGACUCUAAAGAACCUGAGCAGCUCCGAAAACUGUUUAUCGGAGGUCUCAGCUUUGAAACCACGGAGGAGAGUUUACGAGCCCAUUUUGAGCAAUGGGGAUCCCUCACAGAUUGUGUGGUGAUGAGAGAUCCGAACAGCAAGCGGUCAAGGGGUUUUGGUUUUGUAACAUACACUUCUGUGACCGAAGUAGAUGAUGCCAUGAAUGCAAGGCCUCAUAAAGUAGAUGGACGUGUUGUUGAACCUAAGAGAGCUGUGUCCAGAGAGGACUCUAACAAACCAGGAGCACAUAUGACGGUGAAGAAGAUUUUUGUCGGUGGCAUUAAGGAAGACACAGAGGAGCACCACAUUCGGGAUUAUUUUGAGAAAUACGGAAAGAUCGAAUGCGUCGACAUCAUGGAGGAACGUUCCACAGGGAAGAAGAGAGGAUUCUGCUUCGUCUCUUUUGAUGACCAUGACACUGUGGACAAGAUUGUUGCUCAGAAAUUCCACACAAUCAACUUUCACAACUGUGAAGUCAGGAAAGCUCUGUCAAAACAGGAAAUGAAUGCCAUAUCCAGUAACCGAGGCCGGACUGGAGGAUCAGGGAAUUUCAUGGGCAGAGAUGGUACCGGUAAUUUUGGAGGAGGAGGAGGAGGGGGAGGAAACUUUAAUCGAGGCAGUGGCUAUGGUGGAGGGCGUGGUUAUGAUGACGAUUUUGACAAUGGUCCUGGAGGGAAUUAUGGUGGUGGAUCUGGUUAUGGAGGUAACCGAGGGGGUUAUGGAGGUGGUGGUCAAGGGUAUGGAAACCAAGGUGGAGGCGGAGGCUUUGGUGGCAAUUGUGAUGGAGGUUAUGGAGGAAAUAGAGGAGGUUAUGGAGGAGGUGGAAAUUACAACGACUUUGGAAACUAUGGUGGACAGCAGUCAGGCUAUGGGCCCAUGAAGGGAAACAACUUUGGUGGCAGAAACUCGGGUGGUGGACCCUAUGGUGGUGGCUAUGGCUCUGGAAGCGGUGGUGGAGGUUAUGGCUCACGGCGUUACUGAAUAGUCUCUGCUUUUGGCUUCAGUUCUUAGCAGCAGAGGCGAGGAGGUGAGCAAAGGAGUUGUCAGGAAAGCUGCAGGUUACUUUGAGGCAGUCAUCUGAAAGCAUUAGAGGAACACAAGUCAGACUUUACUGCAGCUAAAUCCAAGAAGUUAUGGAAGAAGGACUAUGAACAAGACAUGAGAGCAGACAUGAUGCCCUUCCCUAAUUGUGAUAGAUGUUUCUCUUCUGAGGAAGUUUUCCUUUUUCUGCGUCUAAUGUGUGUGUUUUGUGCCUAUGGUAUCAGGGGUAAAUAAGUAAACUGUUUUUUUGUUUUACUUAUUUUCAGUCAAUCCUAAUUUUUACUUUAUAUAUAAGUUAGUUUUCUGAUGACCAAUUAAUCUUUUAUCUUUUUAAGUUGUUUUUUUUUUUCAGAUAGCAUAGUUACAUCAGGCCCUUAGAUCUGCUACAAUUACACUUUCCCUCUUUUUGAAGUUGUUUUGAUUUUGUAAUUGCAAGUGACACAUGUAUUUUGGUUUUUGUAUGUAAAGCACAGUGUGUAAAUUCUUCAUAGUAACAGUGUCAAUGAAUAUAAAUGGCCUGGAUUAGACCCAAAGGAAUGAUUCACCCCUCCUGUUCCCAAUAAACCAAAUUUGAGCUUGUUCAUUUUAAUUGGUAGAAAAAGACAAAAUAAAACUGUGUAGUAAAGUAA